CUGGGCAUAAAACCUUCAUCGGAAAUGCAAUACCCGAACACCGGGCCGAAACCCGUCAUUCGAGUCGGAGUCAGUACGACAAAUGCAACCUCCUGCACGAUGCCAACUAUCAGCACUUUCUUCUCCUCCUGUCAAGAGUUAGAAGUGGGUGAUGUGGCAUCUCACAGCAUUGGCCAAACCCUACCUCUCUUACAGAACCACCAUCACUUUUGACUGGCCGCCACCCGCCUCAGCUCCUCCCUACCCUCAGCUCAGCUGUCCCUCGAUGUCGAUAGCUUCCACUUUCAGACAGAUGCGCACAACAUCCUCGACACGGCUUGCAUGGACUGCCAUUUCACACCAGAUAACGAAUCAAAGAUGAACAAAGGCGCGUCAACCGCAAACGAUAACACCAUGUUCUUCAUGCACAGUCAAGCCAGAAGGAUCAUCAUGGCAUAGCUUUAUCAGUUGUGAUUCGCUCUAGACGCAGCUGGAAGUCGCUUCGAGUUCCGGCCGAUUAUCGCCAAAAUGACGGGUUCACGGAUGGCUGGGCUACAUCAGGCCCUACUUGCCUGCACUUAAGUGAGGGUGGAAUCCUCAUGGUAGACAGAAGAACGACCCGGACAACUCUCAUCUUGACUCUUACAAGAUGGGAUUCCUCAAAACAUGUCUCGACUUCCUCAGCCAUGCUGCUUUCACCUCGUUUUCUCCUUUCGACGCCCUCUUUUCAUCUCAACAGCCUCUGUUCGUGCCUACUCCCCCCGCAACAUACAGCGCGGCCGACUUUGCAGGCGCCUACAGUCCACGGAUCGAUCCAGUUAGAGACUGUGUCUAUCCCGCUCUCAAAUACAAUGGGUACAAGCCAUGCAAUAAUAUCUCCAGGACAUGCUGGCAGAGACGUGUAAAGUUCAAAGACUACGACAUCAAUGAUGAUUACGAAGUUACAACCCCCUUUGGCAUAACACGAGAGUACUGGCUCACCGUCGACCAAGCUGACCUUAGGCCCGAUGGUCAACCCAAGAUCAACGGAGUAGCUCUGAACGGCACCUAUCCAGGGCCCAUCAUUGAGGCCUGCUGGGGUGAUAAGAUUGUCGUCCAUGUCAGAAACAAGUAUCGCGACAAUGGGACUACCAUCCACUGGCACGGCCUCCGUCAGCUUUACAGCAACGACAUGGACGGCGUCAACGGUGUCACUCAAUGUCCAAUCGCGUAUGGCGAGGAAUACACGUACGAGUUCCGAGCGACGCAGUACGGACAUACCUGGUAUCACUCACACUAUUCUCUUCAAUAUCCCGACGGCGUGGCUGGUCCACUCAUUAUUCACGGCCCAACUAGUGCCGAGUGGGAUAUUGACAAUGGUCCCAUCAUGGUCGCUGACUGGCUCUACAACACUUCGUUUGCCGCCUUCAACUGUGAGGCCUACGACUGCGGCAACGAGACCCCUCCCAAGGCCGACAACAUUGUCGUUAACGGCAUCGGAGCCUUCAAACAAUCCAAUGGGAAAUGGACGAACAACUACUUCAAGACCAUGUUUAAACCAGGCAAAAAACAUCUGCUGAGACUGAUCAACGGAUCUGCUGCAUCAAGCUUUGUCUUUUCCAUCGACAACCACACCAUGACUGUGAUAGCCAGUGACCUGGUUGCCAUCAAGCCUUACACCACAACCUCGCUUUUGCUGGGCAUUGGUCAGCGCUACACCGUCGUGGUAGAAGCCAACCAAGAGCCCAGCCUCUACUGGAUGCGCACCACCCCCGCAGCCGGCUGCAGCGCCUUCCGCAAGAACCAAAAAGGCGAGUUCACGCAGGUCAAAGAAACAACCUCCUUCAUCGCCUACGAAGGCGCCCCCAAGCUCCCCUACCCCGACUCAACCUCGGUCAAGCACAAAGGCGUAAACGACACCUGCAUCGACGAAUCCCACAUCAGCCAAGACCGCCUCGUCCCCAUCGUCCCCUGGGAGGUGUCCGCCAAACCCAGCAACGACGUCUCCCGCGGGUCAUUCACGGCCGGGUAUGAAAAGAAGGCCAACCCGGAUUUAUACCCCCAACUGCCCUUCAAACACUGGCUCCUAGCCAACAGCCCGACUUCCCAACCACUCUGGGUGAAUUUCAGCAUGCCGACCAUCCUCGACCCGUUUACCAACCCGCCGUUUUCUUCCAUCACCAGAUUCGAACAAUCCUACGGCUUCGUCUACCUAAUCGUAGACGGCUCCUUCCUCUUCAACCCGGACCCCAACUUCACCGCCAUCCCCACCGGGCACCCCAUCCACCUCCACGGCUCUGAUUUUGUAAUCCUCAACCAGGACUGGAAACCUUACGAUCCGGUCAACUCUCCCAGGGACUUUAAAUUCGACAACCCUGCCAGACGGGAUACAGCGCUGUUGCCCAGUGGCGGGUAUCUUGCUCUGGCGUUUAAGCCAGAUAAUCCGGGGGCGUGGUUGAUGCAUUGCCAUAUUGCUUGGCAUGCUAGUUCUGGGCUGGCACUGCAGCUUGUGGUCAGGCCGAGGGAGAUACCCGAUUACAACGGGGAUUUGCUGCCCGUGCAGUUGGGAUGUGAGAGCUGGAGGAAGUGGGACAACAGGGAUCCGAUCGUGCAGACCGAUUCUGGGAUUUGA